AUGUCGAUUUAUGUUUUUUUUCUGUUCCUUAUCUAUUGUUCUGUUUCAUGGUGUCAAUACGAUCUCGCUGAUGUUACUCGAGACACUCGAAUGUCUGUUAACGAUGAUAUGUUUGUUACCGCUUCGAAUGCUUUUAUCAAUUUCGCUGUUCUCCUCUAUCCGUUCAGAAAUGCUACCGCAGGCGAACCUAUCUCUUGUAAUAUUAUCUAUAGUACAAGUGAUUUCUUCGUUCGUAGUAUAGCCGUCGUAGGUGUGACAAAAAACAGUACAAAUUCUGAACAAUUUAUGUAUGUUUUCACUGCGGAGAAAAUGUCAACGAUCACUCCAUAUGUGUGCACUGUUACGGUAACGAAAUCAACAUGUGCCGCAAGUUAUUCAUGCACAGUUCUUGGUAGGAAUGGAUACCAUCCAGAAUAUUUCCUAGUUGGUGUUGAUACAAAUAGCACACAUGCCUAUGGAUUUACAAGUGAAUUUGUAUUUAAAUUGGAUAUUUAUGCAAAUGAGAUCGUUCUAAAUCUGACUACGGAUGAUGUGUGGCCAUCUCAGAGUUUCAUUCCACACGCUCUAGAUGUUGCCGAUACAUGGGCAGUUGUGGCUGGCUACGGAUACGAAUAUCUUCUCGUUCAAGGUGAGAAUAGGUGCGUAGUUUUACAUGUUAUAUUCAUUUAUUUUCGUACAGGUACAUAUCGAGCACUUUAUCAAACAGUUGGGUGUUUGAUUGAUCUUUCUCAGUUAAUCAAUGCCUCCUGUGUACCGAUCACAUCUGAAACGUCCUAUUUGAUUCCGUCAAAUGUCAUUUCAUACAAUGAACUUUAUGAACUAUCAGUCGCUAUCCGUGGCCAGAAGGUACUGAUCGGAAUCCCUCGUCUUUCAUCAGUUGUCAUUCUUUGUCAUUUUGGAUCGUCAUUGAAUGUGACUCGAACACAUCUAUUAUCUUUCAUGUCUUCUCCUUCCAUUGGUCGCGUUGUCGAUUGGUCUGACGAUACAACAAUAGCUAUUUUAAUUGAUGAUGCAUAUGAAACAGAUUGGUCAACCACACAAAUAUUCUUUUAUGAUGAAGAUCUAGUGACAAUAACAUCUCCGUUCUUCACUUUUCCUAAUAAUCAACAAAUCAUGGGCACUCGUUUACUACGCCCAAAAAUCGCUCGUUUCAUGAUAACUACUGGAGGUAAUAUGGGCAUGAUUACUAGUAAUGACGAUAUGCUGAUUAUUCCUCUUGCAUCUACGGGCUACGUUUCGACAUGGAAUGAAACAACGAAACGAACUUUUUCAUUCUAUUACAUACCAACUAUCUGUAUAGGCGGCACGUACAAGAAUCGUUCAAGUUUAGGCCCCUGUAGCAUUUGUCCUCCAGGCACUCGAAAUCCAAGUCUAUCUUCUACUGGAAUUUCUCAAUGUAUGUCAUGUUCAUCGAAUGCAUCUUGCCCACUGGCGUCAUUAUCGGAAAUCAAUUUCACUACGGCAGCUUCGUACAGUCAAGCAGUACCCUAUCCUGAAACGACAGAUGCAACCGACAUUGAAGAUUUUCUCAUAGAGAAUGUCUUUCAAAUCAAUUCGAAACCGCAUUGUGUACUUAUUUCUCCUCUUUUCUGGGCACUCGUAGUCGGUGGCUUAUGUCUUUUAUAUUUGACAUUUAUUCUUCUAACUCAUCUAUUCAAUUGUACAUCGUGCAUGAGAUGUCACGGGAGAGCGAAGAUAGUCUUCAAACAUACGGAUAUUAUCAAUGAAGGUGAGAUGUGGCUUGGUGGCUUAGCAACAUUUGCUAUUGUUGUUCUGGCCGCGUUUACGUAUUGGUUUUCAGUUUCAUUUAUUCGUCGCUAUCCAAUUGAGAAUAUUUUCCAACCAGCUACAUUUGCCUGUGACGAAUCAUUGAUUAAUGCACAAUUUUCAACAGGUCUUGAACUUCUCACUAUCCCGAAAUCCAACGAAGCUCAACCGAUUUUCAAUCUACUUGAUAAGCAAACGUUUAAUUUAACAGUAGAAUUAAUCAAUACGGGAUUUGCAUGUUCUUCUAUUACGGUGCAAGAAAAUCUUCUUACUUCGAAAUAUGUUGUCUUACCAAGUGAUUGUCAUCGAUCAAUAGAAAUAGCCAUAACAUCAGUAACAAUCACGUUGCCAAAACAUUUAACUACGAUACAAGUCAACAUGACUGGCCCAUAUUCAAUUGGCGGCAUUCGUCUAUGUGUUCGAGGUCAAGGUGAAACAAAUGGAGCCUAUACAUUACGUGAGCUUGAUUUUUGUCAAUUCUAUAUGACAGCGAACCAAGUCAUAGGAAGAUAUACUUAUGUGCCAAUUGUCUUCGUUAAAAAUAUCAAUGUGACACAAGCGCUGGAUACGAAAGAUCCCACAGUGUACUCAGGUAUAUGGAUGCCGACAUUCAGUGAAGUAUCACUUUCUGAUGAAGAUUAUUAUACUGAAUAUGGAAAUUAUUUACGUUAUACGUCAUCAUUAACCGUUUUGCAGGUCAUGUUUGAUGAACAUCCAUUUUAUAUGAAAAAUAUCCAACAACCAAUCGUACGAGCUCCCGAAUUAAUCUUUCAUAAUCUUUUGUUCACGUCAUUAUGUAUUGAAUUAUUUGCUUUUGCUUUUUUAUUUCUUAAACUAUUAGUUAUACCAAUAUGUCGACCGAUUGUUCAUCGAUGUAAUAAAACUAUCAAUCGAAAUGGCGAGCACUACAAUGAAGAUGUGUCGAAAAGUACGGAUGAAUGA